AUGAACUUAUUUAAUAUAUUAAGGAACACCUCAUUUGAGAUAGAUGCAAUAAAAAUAAAUUUUCUCUUCUUUAAGAGUUUGAUAAUUUAUAAUGUACCUUUAAAAAACAUUGAAAUAAGAAAGAUUCUUUUUCAUUUUUAUUUUAUAAAAAGGUUCCUUUCGUUAAUCUUUAACAAGCACGCAAAUGAGGAUGACAAUAAUAAAACUGAAAUAAAAAAAAAAAAUAAUAAAAUAAAAAAAAAUAAAAUAAAAAAUAAUAAUAAUAAUAAUAAUAAUAAUAAUAAUAAUAAUAAUAAUAGUAGUAGUAGCAGUAGUUGUUGUAGCAAUAGGAAUAAUGACAUAUAUGAUAAUUAUAAUCAUCAUAAUGAUAAUAAAAUAGAUAAUUAUAAAAAUUUGAAAAAAGAUUAUAUUGAUAAUAGACAUAAUAAUAAUCAUUCCAAUAAAUAUAAUAACGAAGAAAAUAUAAAUGUCUCGAAAAAAAACAAAGAGGAGAUAUUUAUAAAAUCUAUAAAGGUAUCCAUAAAUUGGUCCGAGGUUGAACAAUAUAAUUCUUAUUAUAAUAUUUAUUUUAAAUUAGCUAAUCAAAAUAUUAUAUGUAGAAUAUUAUAUUACAUAUUUUUUAAGUUAUUAUUAUAUUGGUUUAUUAAAAUAUUUUUUAAAUUUUAUUAUAUUAAAAUUGAACAAGUACAUGUAAAUAUAUAUUAUAACUAUAAACAUAGGCACAUAAAAUAUUGCGAUAAUAAAAAAAAUAUUUCUAAAAGUAUAAAUGUAUAUAAUAUAAAAUUUUAUGAUCUAUCUGUUUUUUAUAAUACACUCAAAGAUACUAUAACAAAAAUUGAACAAAAUGAUUCUCAAAAGAAAAAACAAAUUAUAUCAAGGAAAGAUAUCCAAAAAUUAAGUGCCCAAGAUAAUCAAACAAAUAACAAUAAUAAUAUGGAGAAUCACACAUAUGAUAAUGUUCAACAUAGUACAUAUCAAAAAAUAUAUAAUAAUUUAUGUUGUUACAACACGUUUAAUAUAUUUUGUAAAAAAAUUAUUCUUUUUAAAGAAAAUAAUCACUACAAUAAUUUAAUACACGUCAAACAUCCAACCAUUAUAUUGGAUAAUCAUAAGAACAAGUUUUUUUUUCCUUUUUUUCAUAUAAACCUUAAGACAUGCGAGUUAAAAGAAAUUUGUUAUUUAUUAAAUUAUAUAAACAAAGACCAUUUUAUAAACGAUUUAAUAUAUAUUAUUGAAAGGAAUGAACUUGCCAGUUAUGUAAAUUAUAAAGAGAAAAAGAAUUCAAAUUAUGAACACACAACAACAAGACAAAAUGAAAAUAAGAAUUAUUGUAAGUACUUUUUAAAUUGUUCAUUUUUUUUUAAUUACUUAUUUAUUCAUUUAUAUUUAAAAAAUAAAUUACUAUUAAAAAAUGAAAUUCAUAAAUUACAUAUAAUAAAAAAAAAUUGUGGAAAUAAUAAGCAUUGUAAUAAUAAUGUAUGUUAUUAUAAUAAUAAAAGUGAAAAAAAAUUACCUGACCGUUUCGAGCUAUUUUUCAAUUAUCUCCUGACUUAUUCAGAAAAAAAUGUAAUUCGCAUUGGUCAGAAAAAAAAAAAAAAAAAAAAAUAUAACAAUAAUAAUGAUAAUAAUAAUAAUAAUAAUAAUAAUAAUAUAAUAAACGAAAUAUAUUUAAAAGAGGAGAAGAUAUGUACUUCAUACGAUAAUCCAAACAAUGAGAACAAAAUAUUAAAUAAUAAAUAUAAUUAUAAUGAUCUAAAUAUUGAUCCGAAAAGUAUUUAUGAUAUGAGUGAGCAUCAUGAACGUAUGAUUAAACAUGAAGAGGGAGAAAACAAAAUGAAUUAUUAUGAUGAGGAAAUCUUUAUGAAAGAAGAUGAAAAAGAAAGGAACUUCAAUUUAAAAAUAUAUCAAAAUUGUAAAAGUUCUUUGUCUUUAAUAAAACUUUUUGUAAUUUUUGAAAUUAAAGAGAUGUUGGAAUUAUACGAAAUAGUACAAAAGGAAUUAUUACUUCCUCAUUUGUAUAUAAAUAAAAAAGAGUAUGAUACAACUACUACAAAUAAUGAUAAUAAUAAGGAUAAUUUUUUGGUGAGUUCACUUCUUUCUACCGAUAUAUAUAUACAAGAAUUUAAUCUGUUCAUAAAUAGAAAUAUAAAUAAAAAUAUAAUAUUAAAUCAAAACACCAUUUUCAUAAAAAAUAGAAAUGAAGAGUUGUGUUGUGAUAAAUCACAAAUGGUUGAUAAGGAAGAAAUUAUAAAAAUAGAAAUUGAAGAGAUAAAAAAUGAAAAUAAGAAGAAUGAUAUAUACAUAGGAAUAAGAGAUCAAAGAAGUGUUAAUCAAUACAAUGUCGAGAAUACUUAUAAGGAUAUUCCUAAAGAAAAUAUAGAAAGAGAAAGAAACGUACAUUUAAAUAAUAUAUUAUGCACUAGUGUUUAUUAUGAAGAGGAUGUCUUAUAUGAAUACUCAUUAUGUGAAAAAAUAAAUAUUAUAUUAAAAAUAGAAAGAGAAGAUUCAUUUAAUAAAAAAAUUAAUAAUGAUAAAAACAUUAUUGUAACGAUAUAUGCUCAUAAUUUUCUUGGCUAUAUGUUACCUACACAUGUAAAUUUUAUUUAUUAUUUAUAUUCUAUAUAUUAUUUAAGAAAAAAAAAAAGUACACAUAUUUUUAAUUGUUGUAUGAGAAAUGUAUUACGAGAAAAAUGUCGAGUGAAUAAAAAAAAAUUAUAUGAAUAUAAAAAUACUGAGUAUAAAGAAAAAGAUGAAAAAGAUGAAAAAAAAAGUUCCCUUUUUAUUAUUAAAAUAAUUAGCAAAAAUGUUAAAUUACAAUUUUUUUGUAUUUCAAACAAAUAUAAUGUUCUUAAUAAUGAUUGUAAUGUUGUAUGUACAAAGAAAGGAAAUAAUAAAAAUGUGAUAAAUAAUAAUAUAAUCUCACCUUUGUGUAUUACAUUUAGCUUAUAUUAUUUUUUAAAAAUGAAUUUAAAUUAUAAACAUUUGUCUUAUAAAACAUAUUGUUUGAAUAAUCAUUAUUUUUAUUUUAGUAAUAUAAAAGUUCAGUUGUUAUCAUGUUCUAAUAUUUUGAGAGAUAUUUGUAUUCUUGAAAAGAAAAAAAAAAAUUAUACAUCAUGUAGAAAAAGAAGUAAAGAACUUUCAAAUGAUGGGAAUACAUAUAAGAACCUUCCUUGUGAUAUGUAUUUAAAAAUUAGUGACAAAAAAAUUGAUAUAAAUAUAAUUAAUAAUGUUAAAAUAAUUUUUCUUAAUUUUAUUAUAUAUCAAAUAUAUAUAGCUAUACGAAGAAUUGUUUAUUUAGAUAAUAUAAAAUUAAAUUAUAAAAGUACGAAAAAAAAAAAAUUCAUAAAUGAAGAAAAGAGAAAAAGGAAAGUGAAACAAAAUAUAUAUCAUCAUAUGUUAUUAAAAAAAAAUUAUUUCUUAAGGAAAACGAAGAAUGUGCCAUUUGAAAAAAAUAAAGAAAAAAAAUAUAUAUAUGAUGAUAAUAAUGAUGAUAAUAAUGGAGAUAAUAAUGGAGAUAAUUAUAAUAUUAAAGAUUUAUUCCUUCUAAAUAAGAAUGCGAUUUAUAAUAGCUAUUAUUAUCCAUAUGAUCAACAAGAAGAACAUAAUAAUAAUAAUAAUAAUAAGAAGAAGAAGAAGAAGAAGAAGAAAAAAAAAAAAACCGAAUCAGAUGUAACAAUACCUAUAAAUUACAAAAGAAAAGAUCCAAAUAAGAUAUGCACAUAUUACAAUUUUUAUAAUAUGAAAAAAAAAAAAAAGACAUCACUAUUUGACUUUUCUCACCUUUUAAAAUAUAUUAUCCAUAUAAAAUUAAAAAGUCAUAUUACAUUUAUAUCAUUUGAUAAUGUUUAUAAUAGUUUAGAAAAAUUAAUAAAUAUAAAAAAAAAUGAGGAUUUAUUAAAAAAUCAAUAUGAAAUAUAUUUAUGUAGUAAUCUAUGUAUAUAUUAUUUCGAUUUGUUACAUAGAUAUAAUAUAAAAAAGAAUAAUUUUAUUAAGUUGUUCAUGGAUUUUUAUGUAUUCAAAAUAUAUAAAAGAUUAUAUAAGAAUAAAAUAUUUAAUAUGUGUAGUUUUAAAAGAUAUUAUAAUAAUCAUUUGGAAAAAAAUGAAAAUAACAUAAAUACAAAGCAACAUAAAAUAAAUAAUUAUAAUACUAUUCAAAAUAAUGAAGAGUCACCUUAUUUUCGUUUGAUAAGUACAAUAAGGAAUAUAGAUUUCUCAUAUGAAGUAUUAAAAAGUUAUCAUAAGAAUCAACAUAUUCAUGAUAUUAAUAAAAAAUUUGAUGACAAGGUUUAUAAUAUGAAAAAGGGUAUUAUAUAUGAUGAGUUUAUAAGAAACAUAAAAAAGUAUAAUACAAAUACAAAAAUAUAUUGUAACCAUAUUUCUGUUAUAUAUAAGAGCAAUGAUUUUUUUAAUUUUGUCAAUAAUUAUAUUUUAAGGGAUUUUUUAAAUAUAUUUUCAUUAAAGCAUCCAUAUGAAAUAAAACAAAAAGAAAUGAAAUAUAUAAAAGAAAUGAAAUAUAUAAAAGAAAUGAAAUAUAUAAAAGAAAUGAAAUAUAUAAAAGAAAUGAAAUAUAUAAAAGAAAUGAAAUAUAUAAAAGAAAUGAAAUAUAUAAAAGAAAUGAAAGAUAUAAAAGAAAUGAAAGAUAUGAAAGAUAUAAAAGAAAUGAAAGAUAUAAAAGAAAUGAAAGAUAUGAAAGAUAUAAAAGAAAUGAAAGAUAUGAAAGAUAUAAAAGAAAUGAAAGAUAUGAAAGAUAUAAAAGAUAUAAAAGAUAUAAAAGAAAUAUUAAAUUAUAACAAUAUGAUGAUAAAUACAUAUGGUAGUAAUAAACACUUAUGUAAUAAUCAUGAGUAUUAUAAUUUUGUGCAUGAUGAAGUGUGUAAUAUGUUCCGUUUACGUAAUUUUAUUAUUUUUAAAAAUAUGAUUAAAAAGGAACAUGUGGAACAUACUAAAGGAUAUGAAUCGAAGGGUUUUUCUUCAUAUAAUAAUAUGUAUAGAAUAGAAAAGAAAAAUAUGAAAAAUAUGAUUAUAAGUUUGAAUAAAUAUAAAUUUGAUUUUAAUAAUGUACUUUUAUAUAUUCCAUCUAUAUAUAAUAAUAAUAAUAAGUUUUUAAUUUUUAAAAGUAGAAAUAUACAUAUAAAAAAUAAAUAUAUAUUUAAAAAAGAAGAUAAUAAAAUAAAAUUAUAUGAUAAGAUAUUAGUAUAUUUUUUAAAUAAUUAUUGUUUUUCAUAUCCAACAAAAAAUAAGGUUAUGGAUAAUUUCCAUAUUCUUAUUCAAUAUUAUAGAAAUGUUUUAUAUAAAAAGAAGAAUCCUCUUUUUUUUCUGAAAAUAUUUUUAUGUGGAGUAUUACAUAUGUGUCCAGAAGAUUUUAAUUUAUUACAACAAAUAUGUGUGGACAAUUUGUUAAAUAAUAAUGUGGAAUAUUUCUAUGAUAAGUUAUAUUAUAAUUUUGUACAUAAACAGGAAAAUCAAAAAAAUAAUAAAAAAAAUAAUAAUAAUAAUAAAAAAAAAAAUAAUAAUAAUAAUAAUAAAAAAAAUAAUAAUAAUAAUAAUAAAAAAGAAAUACUUAAAUCAAUAUUACAUUGUAAUGAUAAUAAAAAUUUUGAGGGUAACCAAGAUAAGAAUGAUCAUAGAACUGUGUAUAAUAUAAAGAAAGGGAAAUAUAGAAAAGAUAAAAGAAAGACUUAUAAAGAUAUGCAUAUAAUAUUACACUUUUUAAAUUUUCAGAUAUUUAUAAAAAAUAAUUAUUUAAAAUGUAAUAUGCUUUAUAUAUAUAGUACAUAUAUUAAUGUAGAUAUUAUAAAAUAUAUAAAUAAUAAAGAUACUAUAAUAACACAUAUAAAAGGAUUCAUACCUAUAGUAUUAAGUUAUUUAUAUAUGUAUCCAAAUAAUAUAAUAAUGUAUCAUAAAAAAUUGAAUAAGAAAGAAUAUAUAAAUAUUAUAUCCAGAAAAUAUAAUAGAUAUCUAUAUUUUGAUAUUUCUCAAUUUAAUAUGUUUAUAAAAAAUGAAGUCAAAAAAAAAAAUAUAUCUAUAUUCCAUGAAAAAAAUAAUUUAUUAAAACAAAAUGAGUGUUAUGAAAUAUUUUAUAAGAGAACUAAAGAUAAUUUUAUUGGUAAGGAAAUAUGCAAUGAUAUUAACAUAAAAAUUAAAAGUCUUUAUAUAAAUUCGGACAUUUUUGAAUUAUAUAGUUUAUAUAUUUUUUAUUUUGUAUGUGAUAAAAAUCUAUUUAUAUAUGAAAUAAACAAAUUGGUACAGUUUGAAAGGUAUAUAAAAAGGUUAAAUAGGAAUAUCUUAUCAUCAUUAGAUAUGAAAAAAAAAAAAAAAAAUAAUAAUAAAAAAAAAAAUAAUAAUAUAUAUAAAAAUAAAAAUAAUAAUAUAUAUAUAAAUAAAAAUAAUAAUAUAUAUAAAAAUAAAAAUUUAUUAAUAAUAAGGGAUAAAGAAAGUUAUCAUGAUAACAAUUAUUUUGAUAUGCUAAUAUAUUUAUAUAAAAAAAAAAAAAUGAAAAAUAUAAAAGAUACCGAUUUUAAUAAUUAUAGUAGUUAUAUAAAAUAUAAUAAUAUUUAUAAAAUAAAUGUAAACAUUAAACAUUUAUCUUUUAUAUUUAAUUUUAUGUUUUAUGAACAUAUCAUACAACCUACCAAAUUAUUUUAUAAACAAAUAGUAAAAAAAAAAAAGAAAAAAGAUGUAUAUAAUACUAAUAAUAAAAGACAAUACAAAAAUGAAUUAUGUAUUCUGUAUAAAGGAUAUUUCUAUGUUAAUUUUAUAUUUAAUACAUGGAAAAAUAUGGUUCAUUAUUUUGUUCAUAAUAAAAAGUAUAUGUGUAUCAAUGGUUAUAUUUUUGAUGUUAAUAACAUCGUAGAGAAUAAAAAAAAAAACGUAAGUAAUGUAAAUCGUAUAUGUGAACAAAAUAAUAUGUCAUUUUAUAAGGAUCCUAUUUUUGAUAAUGAUAUUAAUAAAAAAGAAACAAAUAAAAAUCGACAUUAUUUUCAAAAUAAAGAAUAUUCCGAUAUUUUAAGUGUGUUACUACAUUUAUAUGAAAAUGUGAAUAAUAUACAUAAUGAAAAUUUAAAUAUACAUAAUGGAAAUUUAAAUAUACAUAAUGAAAAUAUUAAUAUAUAUUUUACGAUAAAAAAAAGUAAUAAGUUAUAUUUACUAAGCCCUAACAUUUCAUAUGUUUUAAGUUCAAAUAUGAAUAUACAAUUAAAUUGUCAGUAUAAUAAGGAUAUAUAUUUUGUGGAUAAUAUAAAAAAAAUAAAAUUCAAUUAUUUUAAUUUUAACGAUAUAUAUACAGACCAUCUUGGUUAUAGAGGGAUAUCCCCUGCCCAUAAAAAUAAUGACCCUAAAGAUGAAUAUGAAGAUAUAAAUAUAAAUACAAAUGAAAAAAUAAAUACAAAUGAAAAAAUAAAUACAAAUGAAAAAAUAAAUACAAAUGAAAAAAUAAAUACAAAUGAAAAAAUAAAUACAAAUGAAAAAAUAAAUACAAAUGAAAAAAUAAAUACAAAUAUAUAUACAAAUAUAUGUAAAAAUAAUCCAUUUACAAAUGUUAUUUAUGAUAUCAAAUUAUUAUACCACACGUCCGACGUAAAAACAUGUAAUAAAAAUGAAUAUCCGUUAUUAAAUAAUGUACAUAAAGAAUAUAAUAAAUUGGAUACAUUGAAAACAAAUAAGGAUUGUUCGAAUCCAUUUUUUAUAAAUAUAAAAAUAAAAAAUUUAAAUAUAAAUAUCACAUUAAAAGAUUUAUUAUAUUUAAUAAAUAAGUUCAAAGAAAUAAAUUAUUUUAUAACAUAUUAUGAAGAUAUACAUGUAUUAUUGUUUUAUAAGUUAUCUAGAGAAAUGUUAUGUAACCAAUAUAUAUGUAGAAUAAAAAAAGAAAAAAGAAAUACAUCUUCUCAUACAAUUUUUUUUUUAAAUGUAGACAUGUACAAAUGUUCUUUCAAUAUAUAUAAACCUAUAUGUUGGUAUAAACAAAAAGAAAUGUAUCAUAAAAAAAAAAUUGUAAAAAUAAUUUCUAAUGGAUCUUUUUCUUAUACAUCUUGUAUUAACAAAAAAAAGGAUAUAGAUAAUACUAUCUUUAAAAAAAUGAAUAUUUCUUUACACACGGAUAUUUUUUUUUCAAAUAAUAAUAUAAAUGAAGAAUUUGUAAGAAACAUAUAUGUUACAUUUAUUUAUGUAAAACGUAAAGAACAAAAUAAUCUUUUUGUUAUCCUUCAAAAUGAUAGUAUUAAUGUAUUUAUUACAAAAAAUGUCUUCAGGAAAAUUUUUUAUAUUUAUCAAUGUAUAACACAUGUGAAUAAUAAUAUAUGUAAUGUUAAAAAUAAAAAAAAAUAUAAUUGUAAUUAUAAUAAAAAAAUAUAUAAUUGUAAUUAUAAUAAAAAAAAAUAUAAUUGUAAUUAUAAUAAAAAAAUAUAUAAUUGUAAUUAUAAUAAAAAAAAAUAUAAUUGUAAUUAUAAUAAAAAAAAAUAUAAUUGUAAUUAUAAUAAAAAAAAAUAUAAUUGUAAUUAUAAUAAAAAAAUAUAUAGUUGUAAUUAUAAUAAAAAAAUAUAUAGUUGUAAUUAUAAUAAUAGGGACGUGAAAAAUUAUGACCUUACAAAUAUCCAUAUUAAUGAAAAGAAUAACAAAUAUGAUACAUUACAAAUUAUACAAAAUAAAAAAGACCUUUUUCAAUAUAAUAAAGAUCAUAUAUAUUAUAAUUCUAGAGACAUAUACAGUUUAUUAAAUAAUUAUAAAGAGAAAAUAUUUUUUAAUCAAAGUGAAGAUAUAUAUAAUUUGAAAAAUGAUAAGGAAACCUGCUUACUAAUGUUUUAUAUAAAUAAAAAGAAGAAAAAAACAAAGAGUAAAGAAUAUCCACAAAGUCUAAUAAAUAUAAAUGUAGAUAAGAACCAAAAAAUAGAUACAAAACCAUUAUAUAUCUUUCCAGUAUUAAGAGAAAAUUAUAUAAAGAAAGAGGAUAUAAUUAUGUAUAGAAAAAAUAAUAUAUUUCAUUUUUUUACAAAUGUAUGUAUAUAUAAUAAUACAAAUUAUGAUAUUAUAUUCUUAUAUAAAAACUACAAAACUUUAUUAUAUUCUAAAAAAAAUAAUUAUAUAAGCAAUUUUCAACAUGUUGAAGAACCAUUCUGUAUUUUACUUUUUUAUAAAAAGAAAUUGUUUGUUUCGAAAAAAAUUAAUAUAUAUCAUAAUUUCCAAAAAGGAAGUUAUCAUAAUAGGUUUGAUACGAACCACCUUCAUAUAAAAGAUAGAAGACAACAUAAGGAAAUAAAAAAAACAUUUAAUUUGUGUGAAAACAUAAAUAAUAACAAAAUGAACAGAAAUAUUAAGGAUUGUAAUUAUUCAUCUGGUGGGAUAUAUCAUAUUCCUUGUAACCAAGGUGUUUGUUAUAAAAACCUUGUGUCCUUAAAAGAAGAUGAGAAAUGGAAAGAAUAUUUUUCAUUAAUUCGAUGUCACGGGAAAGAACAAGAUAAAAAAUGUAAUAAUGAUAUAAAAUAUACAUGUCACAUGCCUAAUAAUACACAUAGAAUGUUUGAAUUAAUUAAAAGAAAAUAUAUUAAAUCAUUUUUAAACAAUACUCAUAUUAGUUAUGAUAAAAAUGGUAUAGAAUUUAUCAUCGACAUGACGGCCAUACAAAAUAAUAAUUGGCUAUAUAUACAUAUAGAUGCACAUGUAAAAUUAUUAAAUUUGCUACCUUUACAAGUAUUUUUUAAAUGUCGGGAUAAGAUUCAAACUAUUAAAUCAUUUCAAAAGAAAGAUAUAUUUUUUCAGGACAUUACAUUAAAUGUAUCAUCAAAUGAAUUCAAGGAUGUAAAUAAAUUAAAAAUAAUAUAUCAAAAAGAAGAUGAAACAAGAAAGAAAGGUGAUACAAUAAUAAUAAAUCAUGAUAAUAAAAACAAAAACAAUAAUAAUAAUGAUGAUGAUGAUAAUAAUAUAAUUCCUUGUGUAUAUAGAAAACAAAAUUUUCAUUUAAAUUAUUUUCGAUUUAAUAAAGAAAUCAUUAUAACAUGUCACACUGUUAUUUUUUUAUAUGAUGUACAUAUGAAAAAUAUACAAAUUAAUGAUGACAAAUUAUUUUUUGUGACAAAAGAUAAAUAUAGUAAUAGUAAUAAUAUAGCAAAUGAAAUGAAGGAACCAUAUAUAUAUCCUCUUAAAAAAAUUAAAAAGUUUGAAUCAUUUUACAACGAACCUUGUAAAUAUAUUAUUAUGGAGAAUACGAAAAUUGAGAAAAUAUAUUCUAAUACAAAUAUAGAGAUAAAGAUAAAAGGAAAUAAUCAAAGUAUUUCAAACUAUGUUCAUACAUAUAUGAUCAUAUGUUGGAAAAGACAAGAUCAAUUAUCUAAUUAUAUAAAUGAUAAGCUUCAUAUGUCUUCCAUUUUUCCGUAUUAUGAUACAAAUAAGGAAACUAAUGAUAUAACACAAGAUAGAAAAUGUUAUAAUAAUAAUAAUAAUGAUAUUAAUAAUGAUAAUAAUGGUAACAAUACUAAUUAUCUAUUUAAUAAUAACAUGUUAAGUCCAUACAACAAUUUUAUUAAUCAAAUUAUAUUGAUACACCCCUAUUUUAUUCUUAUAAAUAAUACAAAUUUUAAUUUGGUCAUGUGUACAUCUUGUAAUUUUUAUAAUAAUAAUAAUAAUAAAAAUUAUAAAACUAGUGAACGUGAAAUAAAUAAAAACAAAAGGAAUUAUUAUUUCCCUAGACACUCUAGUCAUGUCAUCAAUUUAAUAUCUUUAGAUGUAGAUAGAAAUUUUUUUUUUUAUAUUAGUAAUUCUAAUAAUAUUAAUAAUUAUCCUUUUAUAUGUGGAAAGGUAGAUAUAACUAAAGAAUCGACUAUCAUCUUAUGUUUUCUGAAUAAUAAAAAUAUAAAACAUAAGGAGAACACAACAAAACACAAUCAUAACAAUAAUUAUAAUAUGAACAAUAAUAAUGACAUGAAAUAUAUAAACACAGAAAAACAAACAUACCACGUAACGUUUAUUCAUUUAAAAAUUAGCAUAUGCAAAGGAUUUAAGUUACAAGGAUAUUAUAAAAAAAAUGUAUUCCCAAAUAGUAUGUAUAUUAUUAUAUCUGAAUAUGUAAAUAAUGUGUGUAAAUUUGAAAAGUAUAUAUCAUAUAUAAAUAAUUAUAAUAGUAAUAAAAUCUAUGUUAAUCAUAAUAUACAAAAAAAUAAUGUUAUGAAUAUAUAUAAAUAUAUAAAAAAUGAAUCCCAGGGUGGUCAUAUAGGUGUGCGAAAAUGUAGUAAAAAAAAAUGUAUACAACAUGAAGAAUAUAAUAGAAAUGGUGACGAGUAUGAUGGUGACGAGUAUGAUGGUGACGAGUAUGAUGGUGAUGAGUGUGAUGGUGAUGAGUAUGAUGGUGAUGAGUAUGAUGGUGAUGAGUAUGAUGGUGAUGAGUAUGAUGGUGAUGAGCAUAAUGGUGAUGAGUAUAAUGGCGAUGAGUAUAAUGGCGAUGAGUAUAAUGGCGAUGAGUAUAAUGGCGAUGAGUAUAAUGGCGAUGAGUAUAAUGGCGAUGAGUAUAAUGGUGAUGAGUAUAAUGGUGAUGAAGAAAGUGUAAAAAAAAUAUUUAUCUAUAAUGAUACCGAAAGAGAAAUCCUUUUCGAUAUAUUUGAUUUAAGCGAAAUGAUUUACAUAAUCAAAAAGACAAUGGACGAGGCAAAAAACAAAAACGAACAUAAUAAUGAUAAUAAUAAUUAUUGUAUUCGUAAUGUUCCUUUUGAUGAGAAAGAAACCGUUCCUUCCAUCAAAGAAAAAGAAAAAACACACGAUUUGAUUAAAACAAAAAAAAAAAUGAAAGGAAAUUUUUUCAUAAACAUUUUUAAUUUGUAUAGUAGCGAUGAAAAUACUUCUGGAGAGGAAAAAAAAAAUAGUUCUCAAGAAUUUAUAGAAUAUGAUAUACAAAAUAAAACAAAUGUAUUAUCUUCUAAAAAAUAUAUUGAUUUUAUAUACAAAAAUGAUAAUUCGUUUAAGAAAUAUAUAAAGGAUAAUGAACAUCUUUUUCGGCAUGUUAAGAAAAAAAGCAUUGCCUUCUUUCCCAUGAGGAAAAAUAAUGGUAUUAAAGAUUGUUUUUUUAUAAUUAAUACAAAUUAUGAAGAAGAUGAUGAGAAAUACUAUCCUAAAGAUUAUCAUGAUGAAAAAAAUGAUGUUCGCUACAAUAACAAUAAUUGUGAUUAUGAUAACUAUCGAUCUUAUAAACUUUUUCAUUUUUCCUUAAAAAAUAAAAAGAAUCAUAACAAAAGAUAUGUGAUUAAAUACACCAGAAAAGAAGAAAAGAAAACGAAUUACAUACAAAUAUUACUAAUACAAAAAAAAAAAAAAUUAUUCAUUAAUAUUUCAAACAUGGUAGAUAAUCUCAUACAAGUCAAAGGAAAGAUAAACAUGAACAUUCUACAUAAACAAAAUCAAGAUGUUAUAAAAACAGAAGAAGAUAUAUCAACAUGUUGUAAUAUGAAUAAAACGUUUAAGUGUAAUGUGAUCUCUCCAAAAAAUGUGUGUAACGAAUCUCAUAUAGUACAAAAUUUAGUAUAUAACAAAUUUAUUCAAAUAAUAAAAAGAUACAGAAGGAAAAAAAAAAUUGGAAUCAUAGGAAGAAAUAAUAAGGGGUACUUAUUUUUAAAUAAUAUAUAUAGAAAUAUUAUUAAUAAUUGUAAGGAUGAUAAAUAUAAACAUCUUUUUAAAUUUUUUAAAAAAAAUUGUUUUCUAAAUCAAGGUAUGACAUAUAUUGUUUGGAAAGUAUUGACUUAUGUUCAUAAGGAACGUAUAAAAGUUCAAGCGAACAUAAAAGAUGAUACAACAAAACAAAAUAAUAAUAAUAAUAAUAAUAAUAAUCGUUAUCAUAAUAAUAAUCGUUAUCAUAAUAAUAAUCGUUAUCAUAAUAAUAAUCGUUAUCAUAAUAAUAAUCAUCAUCAUCAUAAUAAUAACCGGUGUAAUGAUUUUCAUAUGAUAAAAUCACAUCUUUUUGGAUAUCAUACACAUAGCAGGAAUAUACACCUAUAUGAAAAAAAUAAUAAAAAUAUAUUUUAUAUUAUAAAGAAUAAGCAAGAAAAAGAUAAUAAGGAGGCCCUGCUACCCAUAGAUGAAUAUAAUUAUUAUGUACAUAUAAAAAAUGAUAUACGGUUACAUUUAUUCGCUUCUGUUAUAAUAGAAGAUAAUUAUAUUCAUCGAAACAAAUAUGAAUUAGGACAUUCGAAUGAUGUAUAUAAUUUUUCUAAGAUAAAUUAUUAUCAUAAUAAAAAUGGAAGUUCCUUAAAUAUUAGUUCAUCACAUGAUACUUCUUAUGAACAUUCGUAUAAUAUACAUGAUAAUAUAAUAAACAGUAUUGAGAGUAUGGCAUUUUUAAAAAAGAAAGAUAAUAUUGAUCCAUAUGAUGAUUCAUAUGAUAAACAUAUAAAUAAUUUUAUGAAUAACAAAAAUAUUGAGAUAAAGAAAGAGAAUACUAAUUUCUCAUCAAUUUUAUAUAAUCAAAGAGAAAAUAAAAAAAUAAAAAAGAAUGAUAAAGAAGAUAUAAAUAUAUAUAAAAAAAAAAAAAAAAAUGCACAUAUUUUUACUAUAAUAUUAAAUAACAUAAAUUUGGUGAUAAAUAAAAAAUGUAAUUAUGUUGAAAAGUAUCAUAUUUUUCUCACCAUUAAAAAUAUCCUUUUACUAUAUAUGUUAUCUCACGAAAUAAAUAAAAUAUUUUUUAAAAAGGAGGUAGAUAAAAAUAAAAAUGAGGAUCAUACAAAUGAUUUGUUUGUAAAAAAGAAAAAAAAAAACUAUCCUCAAAAAGACAAAUGUGUUAAUACAUAUGAUGAUUGUAAUCAUAUACAUUCUUUAAUAAAAAUAGAAAUACAAUACUUUUAUGAUAAUAAUAAAUGUUGUUUUUAUAUAAAAAAUUUUUCUUUUUUCUUAUCACCUAUUUAUAUACGCUUAUCAUCAACACAUGUAGAAGAGAUAUUUUUUUUUUAUGAUUACGUUUGUGAAUUUAUUAAAAGAAAAAGAUGGGAAAAAGAAAAAAAAAAGAAAAACAAAAAAGAAAAUGUGUACGAAGAUAACUUUAUCUUUUUUACAAUAGAACAAAAGAAAUCAAACGAAGAAACAAAAAAAAAUAUAAGCGAAAAUAUGAAAUAUCAAAAUGGAAUAUGUAAAAACAUUUGUGUGGGGAAAAAAAAUUGUGUGGGGAAAAAAAAUUGUGUGGGGAAAAAAAAUUGUGUGUGUAAAAACAUUUGUGUGGGGAAAAACAUUUGUGUGGGGAAAAAAAAUUGUGUGGGGAAAAAAAAUUGUGUGUGUAAAAACAUUUGUGUGGGGAAAAACAUAUGUGUGUGUAACAAAGAAGUAAUAUAUUUAAACCUGGAAAAAGAUACAAAUAUAACAUACCCUUGGUAUGUUAAAGAAUCUUCAUUUUGUUUUAAUAUAAAAAAGAAGAAGAAAAUAAAAAUUAAUAAUAUAUAUAUUAGUACAUUAAAUAUUAAUUUAUCAUGUAAUAAAAUGAAGAGAAAUGUAAAUAUAUAUAUAAAGAAAAGAGACCCCCCAAAAGGAAAAGAUAAUAUAUAUAAUAUUUUAAAUUAUUUUUACGAUGUAAUAAAAGAUGCAGAUUUUGUAUUAACAUCAUUAAAUUUAAAAAAUAUUAAAGAAAAUGAUAUGUUGAACUUUUUUAAUUACAUAUUCAAUUUUUAUUUAAAAGAAAUAUAUAAAAAUUUUUUCUUUUAUUUAACAAGAAUGAAUUUAAUAAAUAAAUAUCUACAUGAUUAUUAUAAUUUUUUUCAUGUUAUUAUAGAUAAUAGUAAAAUUUUUAAUAUCGAUAUAUCAAAUAGUAUUAAAACAUUCAAACAAGAAUUACAAAAAAGAGGAAAUCAGUUUCUUAUUCCACAAUACAUUAAAGGAGUAUAUGAAGAAAAAGAAUAUUCAAUACAAGAGAAUACUUAUAAAUAUAAAGAUAUGGAUCCUAUAGAUGAUAAACAAAAUCAACCUUUUGAUAUUACACAACAAAAAUAUAUUAAUAAAGAAACAGAAAUAACAAAUGAAAUGUUCUUAUCCAGAAAAUACAAAAGUUUAUUAUUAUUACAAAAUAAAAGGAACAUCAGUGAACAUGAACAAAUCUACACAUCUGCAGAUGCUCUAGAGACUUAUAGUGAUUCUAAUGUAUAUAUAAAAUCAAAAAGAAAAAAAAAAAUACAAAAUGUUAACAAAGAACUUUUUUAUAUACAUAAUGGUAUAAAAAGAUAUAUAUUUAAUUACCCAACAGUUAAUUCUAAUUAUUAUAAGUAUGAAAAUAAUGAUGAUCAUAAUAUAAUUAAUCAUAUUAUUAUGGAUAAAAAUAUAAAACAAAAUCAACAAAUGAAAAACAUAAAAGAAAACGAAAAGGAAAAAGAAAAAUAUAAUUAUUCAAAUUUUUAUUUAUUUAAUAAUACUCUAAAAUCAUUUGGAAAGGAUAUUAUAUCAAGUAUUAAUUAUUUUAUAUAUAAUAAUGAUGAUCAUAUGAUAAAAAAUUAUGAAAAAGAUACUUUAUAUUUUGAUCUUGAUAAGAAGCAUAUUAUAAAGUAUUUUACUUCAACAAUGAAAAAAAUAAAAUGUAUAAAAAUGAAGGAGUGUUUACAUUCAUAUGAAAAAAAAGAUCAAUUUAUUACCUACUUCCCAAUUUAUAAAAAAAAUACAAUUUUUUUUAAUCCGUCUUCUAUCAAAAAUUGGAUAAUUUUUCAAAACCUUCCACUAUACAACUACAUAAUCCUCAAUUAUCUGUAUGACAAAAAAGAAGACAUGCUAAUAUUAUUUUGUGAAGAUACCAUUAUUCAUAUAAAGAGUAAGAAAAAACAUUGUGUCAUAAGAAAAGAAAAUAUUAUAAAAAUUGAAAUGUGCUGUAUUUAUUUUAAUAUAACAUUUGAGUGUGAUAAAAAUAUUAUCUUUAACAUUAAAAAUAUUAUAAAAAAGAAUAAAAAUAAUUUCCUUGGUCUUUAUUUUGACAUACUUUUUAAAAACAAAAACAAAAAAAGGUUAAUAAAAAAAAUACAGAAAAACCUCGUAAAAAUUUUGUACUUCCUUUAUUAUGUAUUUCAUUUUAUAUAUAAUUAUAAUAAAAAAAUAGAAAACAUGAACAAAUUAAAAAAUACUAAUUUAUAUCAUAAUAUUAAUCAUCAACACACAAAUAAAAAAAAAAAUACUACUUCUUACAAAUCUAAAGAACACCCAUUUAUAACAAUAUUUGUACAAAAUCAAAAAACGAUAUUUUCGUUUUCAUCCAUAACAUAUUUUUAUCACUUCUUUAUUAACAUAAGAGAUCAAUUAUUUAAUACACCCAAUUAA